UAUUUUGUGUUUGAUGUCUAAAUACUACUAGCUUUCUUUCUGGACUGAGGAUUUACUGUACAUUCAUCAAAAUAUGUUUUAUAUAUAUAUCCACGACUCAACUGUGAAUCACAGACGACAGCAUUUUCCUAAUGUGCUGUUUAUUGCAGGUUGAUUAUCUUUUUUUCUUUUAUGUGAUGUUCUCCCAUAGUGUCUUAUCAAGGCUGUACAGCUUUGACCUUGACCUCAUUUUCCCUUGCUUACGGAGUGUGAAAUAUAUUUAAUUUCUCACCAGCAAUCAUUAAAUGAUGCUAAUUGCACAUCAUGUUUUUAUAAUUACACACCACAGGGCUUUCAUUGAAAUGCAAUAAAUGAAUCCAUAUAUCGAAUCAUGCCUGGCAUUCAAUAUCCCAAAGUCUUUUAGGAGGAAUUCACAGUUGGUUGCUGAGGGGACGCCUUACUGUAUUGCAAUAACUCUGUGGUAUUUGCAUUUAUUUUGGGGGUUUGGUUUGGUAAAUGUAAUUUCAAAAGCAAUGCCGAAUGAUCUUUGUUUAAUAUUUCUUUCCCCAAAAAAGCAAUCCAGAAAGGGACAGGUAGGUAUGACCGGACAGAAUAACCCCCAGAAAACCCUCUAACCCUGUAAAUGUAACUAAUGAAAUGAUUUUGUGGUGGGAGAAUAAAAAAGACAAAAGCAAAAUUGAAAGCUCACAAGAACCAUUUGAAAUGUUUAUUUGAAGGCAACUUAUCCAAAUAUCUCCAGGUGAUGGUAAAAGAUGUCUCUGUUUAAAAAAUGUCUUUCUGUUAGUGAGAACGAUGCGAGUGGAAGACAGGAUUGUAGAGGAACUAAGAUGUGUUUAUUUCCCUCAGGGGUUCCUCUGUUGUAUUGACUUUAGACUAGAUAAUGGAACACCUUCGGGAGGACAGACUAGAUAAAAAAAGAGUGACUCCUUAUCAAUAAAUAAACAGAGAUCUUCCUUUUAUUAGUCAGCUAUGAUCCUUGGAGAGACACUAUAUUUUUCCCGUGCAUGGACAUUCGCAGUAAAAAACUUUAAUAGCUGCUUUGUGCAGUUGUGCUUUAAAAGUACGCUCUCAGAAAAACUCCAUAACAAUGCACCAUUUAGGAGAGAAAAAGGAUAUACCAAUAUAGGUCUAACUGGCUCUGGGUUUGAAGAGAGGGUUAUUGUCUUUUUCUUGCAAUUGACGACUCUAAUGAUGCACUUAUGUUGCCCGCUCUUCCCUUUUUCUUACACCUUACCUACUUAAGGAGGAAAUCUUGAUUGGUAAGUCGAUGCUAUCUGCAGAUUUAGGGAUUUACUUGUAGGUCGCUGCAGGCAAAUGAUUUACUUCUUACAGGAGAAAGAGCAGUCAUCUGUCCCAUUCUGAGGGCUUUCUUAGUUAGAAUGAUGGGAUCUCUCUUUGUCUGCAAAUCCUUUUCAUUUAUACAUAAUACCCAUUUUGUGAUGUUUGUUCAAUGUUCUUAAAUGAGGCUUUUCAAGGGGGCUAUUGUUUACUCUUUUUCUCUUCACUCGAGUUAGAACCGGUAGAUCUUUCCACGCAUAGUUUCUCUCUCUUCUCUGCUCUUUUGUUGUCCCUUUCAUAUAAUUGUUUUAGAUUAGACUUACUUUAUCUCAAUUAGUUUCUUUUUGAUUUAUUUGUUUAUAGUUAAUUUCAGACUUUCUUUUGGGGUUAAUUGCAUGCUUCAAAUUUGCAUGAUGUCUUUAUCUUUUAAAAUGUUCUGUCCUGAUAAAAAAAAAAAUCCUUUCUCUUUGUUUUCAAGGGGAAUAUGUGCCUUUGUAGUAGAGUAUUCACAGUGCAUCAAAGCAGAUAGCAGGUUCCAUUCAUCAACUCGUUUGGUUUUAAAUUGCAGCUUAUUUGUCUGUUUGCAGAUUUUGUCACCAAAACCUGGAAACGAGCUUUUACACGGAAAAGAGUCUCAGCAUUUAACGGGCCAGGCCAAAGCUCCACACGAUUACGAUUCUGGGAAUGACACGUCUUCGCCUCCGUCAAGCAAAACUGGUGUUUUUCAGGCGAUUGUCACUGACAACAAGAGGAACAACUGUAAACGCCUGGCCUUGCCAGAGAAGCUGAAGUUCACUGACAGAGACAAUGCCUCUGAUUCAGGAAACUCUGUGACAAGCUACGCUUCCCUGUGCAAACCUUACAGAGAGGACAGCUUGUCUGCAACGCUUUUCAGUGGAAACGGCAAGAGAGAGCAGAUAACCUUGGGGUGCCGGGUAGGUGUUGUGAGGUCUCCAAAGACCUCCUACUGCUCUCGAAGGGCGAGGAAGUCGUCUCGACGGCGACUGAAAGCCCGAUUAUCCAACAGCAGGAGUAGGAGCAGAUCCUCAGCAAGUUCCAGAUAUUCCGGACGCUAUUCCCGAAGCCUGUCACGGUCAUCAUGCAGCUCAUACUCGCGCUCCCCGAGUCAUUCAGCUGAUCUGAGGCGGCGAGGCAGCGUGGCCAGCCUGAGCUCCAGAGGAAGCCACUCCAGAUACAGUGCUGACAGAUUACGAGAAAGAAAGAGAACUCAUAGCUCCAGAGAUGCAAAUGUGAAGCAUGCACAAAAGGUUAGUGGGAAUAGACAAAGACGCAAAUCCUACUCUCCUAUGAAGAAGAGGAGAAGAGACUCACCGAGCCAUCUGGAAGCACGCCGGAUCACAAGUGCCAGGAAGCGGCCCAUCCCUUAUUUCCGCCCCAGUCCUUCUUCCAGCAGUCGGUCCACCAGCGUGUCGUCCUGGAGCAGCCUCUUCACCCGCAGCCGCAGCCGCAGUCCGAUACUCAGCCUCAGCAGGAGCAGGAGCCGGAGCCGGAGACACAGUUACUCCUCUUACAGGAGCAACAGCCGCAGUUCAUCCUGGAACUCCGUCUUUGGGAGUCGCAGCCGGAGUCGGAGUCGCUGUUCGUUACACAAACGCAACAAAACAAGGCAUUAAGAUUUUAAGAGCAAGUUAAGGAAGCAAAGCACCAUUCUUGUUUCUAUUUCAGAGAGGACACUGGAUUGGAUUAACUGACUGUGUGCGUCUCUGUGCUGCGCUUCAACACUUAAGUGGAAAUGUCCCCACAGGGGUCCCACCACGUCUUUUACUGAGGAAGGAGACUGAAUGUCUUUUUGUCCGUUUGUUUUGUUCCAGUACUGCAUCCUCCUGGAUUAGCACUCACAAUGGCCUGAGACUGUUUAUCUAUUAAAUACUUAACAAUGGAAACUGCACAUAACACAGAAACCGUGUUUAUGUAUUUGGUCAACACACAAUGUUGUUUUUUAUUUUAAUGUUCAAGCACUGUGUUAUUCUUUAAAAAUAUAUGCUUUAAAAUGUUUAAUAUUCAUUUUUAAAAACGGGGCAUAUUAAGGCCUGAAGGUACCAACAAGGGUUGAAUUUACUUGAUAAACAUUUGUUUGGUGGCACAAUACUGAAUGUUGUAGGUUUUUGUGCAGAGAAGUGAACUUUGGAGCUGUUUGAUCUGAGUGUUUCAGAGGAAUAGUCGUCGGAAAUAAGGAAAGGUUUAUUGCUCUGAUCUUUGCACUUCAAAAGGUGGAGAACAAACGCGUUUCCUGUGAAAAAUGACACAGUGAGGGUGGCCUGACGGCGAGCAAACUGCCUGUCAGCUCAAAUGUCAAAUUAAUUUAUCCUCUGAUCAAGUGGAACACAAUUGAAAUGUCAGUCCAUGUAAUACCACAGAGAGCGAUUGAAACAUUGUGCUGCAACAGGAACACAGAUUUAUUUUUGAACAAUUCUUCAAGUGUCAGAGGAGGCAUUUGUUUUGAAAGAAUAUGAAUACUUUAAAGGUGAAUAUAUUGGACUUAUUGAGAAGUUGUACCACAUGUGGUUGCAACCUUUUGACUAUAAUAAUUAACUUAUGAUGGCAUUUAUUCUCAAUUUACUUGAAUAUUGUUUUUUUUGUUACAACACUGGAACAAAACACAUAAAUCAACACUGUUUUUAUGUUAAGUUAUAUGACAAAGGAAGGUCAAGUUUUUUGUAUUGUGCAGUACCACCGUUAUUUAUUACUUAUUUCAUAUUUAUUGGUUUGUUGGCCCUGCCAGUAGUGGCAAAUCUUUCUAUGCAACACUGUCGAUUUGUAGUUAUGACACUGCUGUAAUUUAUUUUUGGUUGGUUGUAAAUUAUUGUGGAUUUUGCCACUUUACUCAAACAUACACCUCAAAGCAGAAAAUAGUCUUGUAGAGACUGAGGAGCAGAAACUGAAAUAGCAGGAAAUAGUUCUAACUUUGUGUUUUAAGUUUUCAUAUUUAAUUGCUCUCUUGCCAAAAAUGUAAUGAAAAGAUUAAUCCCACUAUCAUUUUAGUCUGCAGCCUGCAGCCGGCUAAUUUAGCUUAGCAUAGCAUAGAGACUGCCCAAGGAAAAACAGCUAAGAUAAGAUCUGCCUGAGAAGCGCACCAAUUUAACUGUGCAUUUGACAAGGUGUGUUUAUACAGGGAUGCACCUUUUUUUCCUGCUAAUGCUACUUUUAACAACUAAUCCUUGUUGGAAAGGUCUGGAGGAGAGCUAAGCUAAUUAGCUGUUAGACGCUGGUGGGCAGCACUAAUAAUAAUAAUAGCUUAAAUGUAUACAAUAAUAAUAAUAAUAAUACAUUUGAUUUAAAUAGCAC